GUUUUCUCGUUAGCAGCUGAAUAGCGGUGUAACCACGAGGGGCCGUCAUGCCGCAGCAGAAGGACAUCGUGAAGAUAGCCAUCCAGAUGCCCGGGGCCUACCCCCAGCUCAUACAACUGGACCAGAAAAAACCUCUGUCUGCUGUGAUCAAGGAGGUGUGCGACGGGUGGAAUCUCCCCGGGUCCGACAACUACGCCCUGCAGUAUGCUGACGGAGUGCAGAUGUACAUCACCGAAUCGGUCAGUCGGCAACACGUUUCAACAGACGUGACCUUUGCUCAGGAGUUCAUCAGCCGAGACGGACACCUCUUAUUGGUCAAGAUUGUAGAAGACUCUAAUGAGAGUAAUGUGAUCAUGACGCACACGCUGACGGGGUUCAUGGAGCUGAUGGAUCACGGGAUCGUUUCGUGGGAGAACCUCUCCUCUGUCUUCAUCAAAAAGAUCGCCGGCUUUGUGAACGCCAAGUCGACCGACGCCUCGAUACAGCAGGUGUGCUUGGACAUCCUGGAGAGCAUGGUGCUCAGCAGCCACAGCCUUUUCCUGCAUGUCAAACAGGAAAUCACCAUGGAGAGGCUCAUUGCUCACCUUCAGGUGACAAAUCAGCAGAUACAAACCAAAGCCAUGGCCUUACUCAUGGCCCUGCUGCAAACAGCCGGAGACUCGGACCGAAAGGAUAUGUUUGAUUUCCUGACUAAGAAGAGUGUCCGUCAGUACAUAUAUAAGAAUAUAAUCCACAGUUCUGGUUCAGUCCAAGACGAGAUGGCCCACUACCUCUAUGUCCUACAGUCAGUUACCUUGAAUCUCCAGGAGCCCCGCAUGAGGACGCCUCUGGACUGUUGCAGCCAGGAACAAAGAGACAUCCUUCACGGUCUGAGGCAGGCAGCGUUCGAGACGGAAAGCGAGAACAGUCUGAGUCACGAACGCCGGCGUUCGCUCUGUGCUAAAGAGUUCAGGAAACUGGGCUUUUCUAAUAAUAGUAACCCCGGUCAGGACUUGUCACGAACGCCUCCUGGUCUCUUAGCUUUGGACACCAUGUAUUACUUUGCCGCGCGUUAUCCCGAUGCCUACAGCAGGUUCGUCUUGGAGAACAGCAGUCGAGAGGACAAACACGAGUGUCCCUUUGCCAGGAGCAGCAUCCAGCUCACGCUCAUCCUGUGUGAAAUCCUUCGGAUCGGAGAGCCACCCUCGGAGACGGGAUCCGACUACCACCCCAUCUUCUUCAGUCAGGACCGGCUGAUGGAGGAGCUUUUCUGCGUCUGCAUUCAGCUGCUCAACAAGACCUGGAAAGAGAUGAGAGCCACACAGGAAGACUUUGACAAGGUGAUGCAGGUGGUGAGGGAGCAGAUCACCAGGACUCUGUCGAGUAAGCCGACCUCCUUGGAGCUCUUCAAGAACAAAGUUAACGCUCUCAACUACAGCGAGAUCCUCAAACUGCGGCAGACGGAACGACUGCACCAGGAAGAGACUCUGGCUCCACCUGUGCUUGAACUCAAAGAGCGGCUGAAGCCGGAGCUGCUCGAGUUGAUCCGGCAGCAGAGACUCAACAGGCUGUGUCAGGGCACGAUGUUCAGGAAGAUCAGCAGCCGCCGCAGACAGGAUAAACUGUGGUACUGUCGCUUGUCGCCCAAUCACAAAAUGCUUCACUACGGCGAUGUGGAGGAAGACACGGAGAAUCCACCAAUAGAAACACUGCAGGAGAAGAUUCCAGUCGCAGAUAUCAAAGGCUUGCUGACGGGUAAAGACUGUCCUCACAUGAAGGAGAACAAAGGCAAACAGAAUAAGGAGGUCCUCGACCUGGCGUUCAGCAUCACGUACGACGUAGAGGAGUACAGCCUGAACUUCAUCGCCCCGUCCAGAACCGACUUCUGCCUGUGGACGGACGGACUGAGCGUGCUCCUCGGCCGGGAGAUGAGCAGCGAAUCGAUGCGGAGUGAGCUGGAGAUCCUCCUGUCUAUGGAGAUUAAGCUCCGCCUCCUAGAUCUGGAGAACGUUCCCAUACCCGACAACGCUCCGGUCGUUCCCAAACCUCCGAGCAACUUCAACUUCUGCUACGACUUCAGCCAGACGGAACAAUGAGCGCGUGACUGUGUAAAUAUGUGUGUGUGAAACGAGACGUUUGUGUGGGCGGAGCUGUGCGUGCACGCGCUCGUCAUCUUAAUCACAGAUUUAUAACUUUGACGCUUGAGUUUUCUUAUUUUAAACAUCCAAGUGAAACGAGUGACGCACGUCUGCACUGAAAGCUUCACACAGGUACUGAGCAAAAUGUAAUUCAAUACUUUUUAAUAUAACCACUCAAGUAAUGGUACUUUACACUUGUUUUACAAUCAUUUUAUAUUUUUGAAUUCUCUAAAUGUGUGUGAGGAACACUCGCGUGGAAAGGCUUUUUUAAAGAGGGCAUUAACUACAACACGGUACGUCAUUUAUUCUGCAGCACAUCAAACACACACAGCAGGUGUUCAGUGUUACACAGGACGCAGCUUCAUGCACCUGCAGCCACUCGUCUUCAUAUGGACCUCAGCAGCUCUGCAGCAGAGAUGCAUUAAAUGAUUUUUAAUCGUUGUUGCAAACAGGCACAUGUCCCUCUGUCACAAUCACACGGUACAUGCAGUGGAUGACUUUUGGCUUUUUGGAUCAAAUUUCAUUGUAACUUUAAAACUGAUGCUUUUUGUCCACGGCGCUCAGUGGCGCCACCUGGAGGAGCUACCGGGGAACUGACAGCUUUCAUUUUCAGUCUUUCUGUAAGGGGGUUGAUUUCAGCACAGCUGCUCCACACUGACACACUGACCUCUGUCCACGUUGAAUCAUGUGCUUUGAUUUAAUUCACAUGAAUAAAAACAUUUGAUUUAUACAGCAAAAAAA